AUGGGACCAGAAGAUAAAAAGGAAGAUCAGUUUGAAGAUGUCUCACUUUUCAAUCCAAUAUUCUCCAAGCUCAAUCAAAAUCUGCUUGAUACCAGUAUCUGCGGGACACGCCCUGCCUAUGCACCCGACCAAUCCAGGAUUGUUGGUGGUAUCAAUGCACUCCCAGGGGAAUUCCCUUGGAUUGGAUCUUUGAGGGUCGAUGAUGGCUCCGAUAGGGGUAGAUUCUUCUGCGGCACUACUUUGAUUACCUCACAAUGGGUGCUCACGGCAGCCCAUUGCGCAGGAUCCUACAUUGAUCGGGUGAUCUUCGGAGGCCUUCGGCUGUCAAAUGAGUCCGAGUACGAAGUGAAUGCCGAAGUGGCCGAUAUCAUCAUCCAUCCCGACUACGACGCCGAGUCCAACGAUAAGGACAUCGCUCUACUGCGCCUGACUGAACCGGUGUCUUUCAGUGAUUACGUCAGGCCAGCAAUGUUAGCC